AUGUCCAACCGAACCAGCAUGACCGAGUUCCUUCUCCUGGGAUUCUCUGAGGUUCGGGAGCUGCAGAUUUUACACUUCCUGCUGUUUCUAGGGAUUUACCUGGUUGCCCUGACAGGAAAUAUCCUUGUUAUCACCCUUGUAGUGCUUGACUCCCAUCUUCACACCCCCAUGUACUUCUUCCUGGUGAAUCUGUCCAUAAUAGACCUUGGAUCCAUCUCCCUCACUGUCCCCAAGUCCAUGGCCAAUUCUCUGUUGAACACCAGGUCGAUUUCUUAUGCUGGAUGUGUCAUCCAAGUCUUUCUCUUCAUCUUCUUCACUGCGGUUGACUUUGGUUUUCUCACCAUCAUGGCCUAUGACCGGUACAUCGCCAUCUGCAAGCCACUGCACUACGAGACUAUAAUGAACAGGAGAGCUUGUGUCCAAAUGGCAGUCAGUGCCUGGAUCACUGGGGUUCUCCUUUCUACACUGCACACCGGGAACACGUUUGCAAUAACUUUCUGUGGCAGCAACACGGUGGGUCAGUUCUACUGUGAAAUCCCCCAGCUCCUCAAGCUCUCCUGCUCCGACUUGUACCUUGGUGAAGCAGCAUACAAUGAACUAAGGAAGAAAAUGUCCAACCGCACUACGGUGAUCGAGUUUCUUCUCCUGGGAUUCUCUGACAUUCGGACGUUGCAGGUUUUGCACUUUGUGGGGUUUCUAGUGAUGUACUUGGUAGCACUGACAGGGAAUAUCCUCAUCAUUACAGCUGUAGCCCUCAUCCACGACCUUCACACCCCCAUGUACUUUUUCCUGAUGAAUAUGUCCCUCCUGGACCUUGGGUCCAUCUCCACCAUCGUCCUCAAGUCCAUGACCAACUCCUUCAUGAGCACCAGGUCCAUUUCGUAUUAUGGAUGCGUUGCCCAAGUCUUUCUCUUCCUUUUCUUUGCUACAACUGAGCUCCUUUACUGA